AAUAAAUGAUUAUUUGUUGCGGUUGAAAGGUCUCCAAAAAUUAAUUUCAUAGAAUUUUCAAUUUGUUGCAACGACCAACUACCCAUCCCAUACUACAGUAUUUGAAUUAUGGAAUUUUCAAUAGCAUUUUCCGUGAAUUUACAUACAUAAUUCAUGUGACACUUAGUUCAACUGUAUUUUGCUUGGUUCAUUGAUCUCCUAUAAAGUCAUGUCAUUUCACCGUUCAUUUCACACCACAUUACAAAUUCCUUCCCAUAAUUUUGUGUAUUCUCUUUAAUAACUUAAUACAAAUACUCGAUUGGUAUCCCUAUAUGGCCCAAACAACACCCAAUCACACUCAAACUGUAUCCGGAUGGGCGGCGCAUGAUUCAUCAGGAAAGAUGACUCCUUAUGUCUUCAAAAGAAGAGAAAAUGGAGUGAAUGACGUGACCAUCAAAGUGUUGUACUGCGGGAUGUGCCAUACCGAUCUCCACCAUGUUAGGAAUGAUUGGGGAAUCACCAUGUACCCUUGUGUUCCUGGGCAUGAAAUAACGGGAUUAAUUACAAAGGUAGGAAAGGAUGUGGCAAAGUUUAAGGUUGGAGACAAAGUUGGAGUUGGUUGCUUAGCUGCUUCAUGCUUGAACUGUGAAUUUUGCAAGACUUCUCAAGAGAAUUACUGUGAUCAAAUUCAGUUCACUUAUAAUGGUAUUUUUUGGGAUGGUAGCGUUACUUAUGGUGGAUACUCCAAAAUGCUGGUCGCUGAUCAAAGGUAUGUCGUACGCGUACCGGAAAAUCUACCAAUGGAUGCCGCCGCACCAAUGUUAUGUGCUGGGAUCACGGUGUAUAGUCCCAUGAAAGAUAGUAAUUUGUUGGAUUCAACCACCAGUUCCAAGAAAGUCGGGAUCAUCGGGCUUGGUGGUUUAGGUCAUGUUGGCGUUAAGUUUGCUAAGGCGUUCGGUCACCAUGUCACCAUCAUCAGCACCUCCCCUUCUAAAGAGAAAGAGGCCAAGAACAGACUUGGUGCUGAUGAUUUUAUUGUCAGCACUGACCCCUCACAAAUGAAGGCAAAAGUAAGGACCCUGGAUUUCAUAUUGGAUACGGUAUCAGCCCACCACUCACUUGGACCAUAUUUAGAGUUAUUGAAAGUGGAAGGAACCCUUCACAUUGUGGGUGCCCCUGACAAGCCCAUGGACUUGCCUGCCUUCCCUCUCAUUUUUGGGAAGAGAACGGUGAAAGGGAGCAUGACCGGAGGGAUGAUAGAGACACAAGAAAUGAUGGAUAUGUGUGGGAAAUACAACAUAACUUGUGACAUUGAGAUGGUCACGCCGGAUCAAAUAAACGAAGCACUUCAACGUCUUGCUAAUAAUGACGUUCGCUAUCGCUUUGUCAUUGACAUUGCCGGCAAGUCAUCUAGACUUUGAAUUUCCUUUACCAUCCAUGUUAAUGUUAAUUUCAGAGUUCCACUUUUAGCUAAAUACAUUUAAAAAAUAUGAUUCUUAUUAAAUGGUUAAUUGCAUACGUAAUUAUGUGAGUUUGUGACUGUGCGAGCGAUAUGUAAUUUUGUAACAUAUUUGAGAUAUGUUAAUUUAAUAAUUGGCUGAUUGUUGGCCACCACAUAUAAAAUCAAUAAAUAUAUCGUUAUAUUUUUUCUUUUUUCUUUUUUCGACUAUGUCAACAAAUUUCGACAUACAGAGUAUAUGAAAUAUAUUGUCAUCUAGAAUUUUAUCCGGUGCCAAUAAUAUAAAAUAUCAUUGGAGAGUUGUCGAUGUGUUUGUAUUACGGAGUAGUAUAGAUUAUUGGAUUAAAACAAAGAAGUAUUAUCAUUUAUUGCAUUAUUAAGUAGAUAUAUUAUGAAACUUUAUUAAUGUAAACUUUUCCGUUUUUGUCAAAAUUUUUUUUUUUUUAAGAAAACUUAGUAACAACAAACAAAGGAAAAUGCGUAGUAUGACCUAACCGCCUAAGAAACUAUGCUGUUUCUUACAUUUGCUAUUUUUUUUUUUUUGCAUUUCAGGUAAAGAAUGAAGUUGAGAGCAAAAUCAUUCAUGUUGAUGUCAUAACUAUUGGUGGAAGACUGGAAGCUAAUUAAAGUAGGGUUUAACCAUCAUAGAUUGUGGAAUUUGAAGUUAAUGUUUCAUAUUUCUAUUUCAAUAUUAUGGACCGGAUUAUUGUCUUUAGAUUUUAAACUAGUUAGUGCCUUGAGUGACGCCCCAAAUAGUAGAAUAAUGGAUAAUUAGAUUAUUAUAUAUCAUUCGUUUUUAGUCUAAUUUAAUUUGUUAGAUUACAAUGUAUCUUUGCUUUGAGUAUGCUUUAAUAAAUUUUAUCAUGUAAGGAUUAGUAACUCGUAAAA